CGACGGUCGUUGUUUGUUGUUUAGUCUGUGCCGAGUGGUUGACCGAUGCGGUCGUGUUUUGUCACGCAACAAUAAGUGCGGUGCAAACGAAUGGUCCGACUGAACGCGGUGGUGACGGCCCGCGCCGAUUCCACCACAGCUCUCCAGAUAAACGACACGAAAAUGCAUAUACUAGAGAUUGGUGCUGAUCAAGAUGACGAUGGCACUGCUCGCGCCGCCGAUGCUGUGUUUCGGACCGUACCUCGCGAUCACACCACCUUCCUUGUCUGGAAAAUCACGGAGAGUGGCACGGAGCUGAUGCCGCGGUCGCAGUACGGCACAUUCUACGACGGCGAAGCCUACCUUGUGUACUCCUGCUCGCUGCCAGGACAUCCGGCCGGCCCGGACGUCAUCAGACGGGAAGUAAAAGAGAACGGUGAGUGCAGCGAGCGACAUAUACACGCGUGGUGCGGCGAGCAUGAUCCUAUCAUUGGCAGAUGGUAUAGUCCAUACUGUGUCUUCAAUUUAAUUACAAUGUUAACUAAUCAAUGA